AUGAAGUACUCUGCUGCCGUCCUCUCGUUUGCCGCUGUCGUUGCCGCCCAGCCCGCAUUCACCAACCUGGCCUUUGACGUCCAGGAGGGCGAGCCCUUCACCCUCGAGUUCACCGGCUGUGACGCUGGCUGCACCAUCAACCUCAAGGACGGCCCCAGCGAUGACCUCGAGACCGUCGAGCAGCUGACCGACUCUGCCACCGGCGGAUCCUUCACCUUCACCCUCGAGGACCUCCCCACCGGCACCUACGCCUUUGAGAUCAUCGACGCCGAGGGCGAGGAGAACUACUCGGCGCAGUUUGAGUACGAGGGUGUCGCCGUCGCCCCGUCCUCCACCGUGGUCACCAUGACCACCGAGGUCGUCAAGACGCUCACCACCUCGACCAUGACCCCCACCAGCGAGGAGGAGGAGACAUCCACCUCGGCCGCUGUCACCACCGUGACCACCCCCGUGACCACCCUCACCGAGACCUCGGCCAUGUCCUCGAGCGCGAUGGCGACCCCCACUGACGAGUCCACCCAGACUGAGCCCACCAGCGAGCCCACCCAGAUCCCCGACGGUGGCAGCGCCGCCGCUGGCCUCGCUGCGCCUGGUACCCUUCUCUUCGCCGCCAUUGCUGGCCUUCUCAUGUUCAACUAA